GCUAUUGUAUAUACAACUCAGACUGGGUCAUGUAGAGCACAGUUCCGAGUUUCCUGACCCUCUCAUACGUCAGCGAUCGUAACCUUCAUAACCUGCCGCGCGAGUUUUAGCACUCAGUCGACCUCUAUCAACAGGAGCUGCAACAUCUUCAAUUGGAACGAUUCGUUGAACACAAUUAUUUGACCACCUCCAUGCCGUGGAAUAGGAUGUUGAAGGUUGGGAUCCUGUUCGUUGUGCCACUGCUCAUCCAGGCAUCGAUUGCUAUUCAAGAUGGAUGGACAAUUUAUACUCCUGAUGAUCAACAACAAUUCUUGAAUAAAUUCACAGUACAUGAACAGUUUAUGUCAAAUAUUAUAACUCAGCUGGUAAAAAAAAUUGGUCCAGCAACAGAGAAAUUGCUAUCAUAUGUUACAGCUGACUCUAGUGAAUUCCUCUCCAAUUUGCAAACAGAUGAAUACACAUUUCUUCAAAUAAUCGCCUCACUCAGUGAAAACGACACAACACAUACAAACCAACUUUUGGAACUUGCUUUGUCAAUGAAAACAAAUCAAGAACCCAUUUUGAGCGAGUGGGUAAGAUCAAAGUUAAACUUCCCUGAGGAAAAAAUGUACCAAGUAAUCGAUUCUGUAGUGAAAUGGAAAAGAAGAGGGUUAAUGAGUGUACCUAAGCCCAUUGUGGACGAAAUACUUCUCAUGGCUAACAAGACACAACUGAUAAUUGAAGCGUGCCAGAAGGGAGAUUCAGAAAUAUUUUCUUGGCUUUUAAAAAAUGGAGAUCGCUUAGAAUUAGGCGAAGCUCUUGAAGCAGCUUGGGAAAAUAAUAACCGUGACAUUGUAAAACUUCUGAUUCUCAACGGGGCUGUUAAGGAUAUAAAAAGUGAAAUGAUAGAACAAACGAACGACAGGAAAGAAACAAUUCUUCAUAUCGCAGCUGAAUUGAAAAUGCCCGAAAAAGUUAAAUCUCUGCUGGAGAAAGGAGCGAAAAUAGAUGUUGUUGACUCAGAGGGGUUCACGCCAUUACACAGGGCAGUAGAAAAUAAUGACUUGGACACUGUACAAACUCUUCUUCAAAAAGGAGGCAAUGCAAAUUUAGAGACAUCUUUGGAUGAGACUCCACUACAUACUGCAGUGAAAAACGGAAAUUUAGAGAUAGCCAAGUUACUCUUAGAAUCUGGAACCGUUAUUGAUAAGAAAAACAUCUAUGGAAUGACGCCUUUAGACAUUGCCGAACGUAUGGUCAUCGUUGGUGUAGUAGAAAAUUUACUAAAAGACAAUUAUACAUUACCUAAAAAUGCAGAUACUCAAGAACUUAAUCUCAUAUUUUCAACUAUUCUUCUUAAUAAAAAUAAGAAUGAAACAUUCGAAAACAUCGAUCUUGAAACACUAACGACUGUAUCUCAAAUUGCAGAUCUUUUACUAGGACAUGAUGCAAAAUCUUCAAUUGACGACACUCUCAAGUCAAGUUUGUUAGCAUUUACCAUUGAUAAAGGAGACGAAGAACUCUCGAAACUUAUGCUUAACAUAGGUGCUAACAAAGCUGCAACUAAUCUUAAUGGGGAAACACUAUUAUUCAACGCGGUUAAGGAAGGUAAACCGGAAGCACUUAAAUUUUUGUUGGAUCUCAAUGUUGACGUAAAUGCUAAAAACAAAGAUGGUUACACUGCUUUACAUGUCGCGACAGAGAAAGACGAUAUGGUUAUAAGUAAUCUCUUGAUUAAACAUGGAGCUAAGAUUGACGCUGAAACUAUUCAUAAGAAUACUCCUUUGCACGAAGCUGCGAAGUUAGGAAAAGUCAAUGCUGUCUAUAUGUUAUUGGAAAAGGGUGCUAACAUAAACGCUCUAGAUUCUGAGAAGAGAACACCUCUGUUUUUGAGCUCUGAAGCUGGACAUGAAGUAAUUACCAAGUAUUUGACCGAUAGAGGGGCAAAUUGUAGUAUACAAACAAGGGAUGGCAAAACAGCGCUUCAUGCAGCUGCUUCCAAUGGCCAUCUAAUCGUUACCAAAUACUUAUUGAAGUGUAUUGAAAAUAUCGAUAGUAUUGAUAAAGAUCAUAGGACACCUUUGCAUUUAGCGGCAUCAGCUGGUCAUUUGUCAGUAGUAACAGAGCUUUUGAACAAUGGAGCUUUCCUAUAUUCAAAAACAAAAGAAGCUGGAUGGACGCCAUUGCAUUUGGCAGCUGCUGCAGGGAAAACAUUAAUUGUUAAAUACUUAUUGGAUAUCGGUACGGAAGUAAAUGUCAACAGUUACGACGAUAAAACCCCUUUGUUCGAAGCUGCUUACUGGGGUCAGUAUGAUGUCGCAAAAUUACUUCUUGAAAGAGGUGCAAAUAAAAAUUUAAGAACAAAAUCAGCCAAAUGGGUACCACUGCACGCUGCAGCAGCGAGGGGCCACGUAAAAAUCGUACAUGCGUUGCUAGAUGAUGACGGUGAUGUUAACGUGAAGGAUGGUGACGACAAGAAUGCACUUUUUGAAGCUUGCUAUUGGGGUCACGAGGAUAUCGUCAAAUUGCUUUUAGAGAAAGGAGCUGAUCCCAACGCCAAAUCCAAAUCAGAUGGCUGGGCCCCCCUACACGCAGCAUCUGGAAGGGGACAUGUAUCUAUUGUUGUCAUGUUACUCGAUAAAGGUGCAAUAAUAAACAUUGUAAAUAACGAUAACAAAACACCAUUGUACGAAGCGUCGUAUUGGGGGAAACCAAGUGUUGUUGAUGUUCUUCUAAAGCGAGGUGCCGAUUUCAACAUUAAAACGAAAUCAGCUGGCUUUUACCCAUUGCACACAGCUUCAGGACGUGGACAAUAUUCAGUUGUUGUCAUGUUGUUGGAUGCUGGUGCCGAUGUAAACGCAGUUAGCCUCGAUAACAACACUCCAUUGUUCGAAGCUUCAUACUGGGGUCGAGAUGAUAUUGUAAAACUCUUAUUGGACAGAGAUGCCAGCGUCAGUAUAAAAACGAAAGAUGGUUGGUGGCCUCUGCAUACUGCCGCUGGUCGAGAUCAUCCGAAAAUUGUGAAUAUGUUACUGGAUAAAGGCUCAGAUGUAAAUGCAAAAAAUAAUGACGACAGAACUCCUUUAUUUGAAGCAUCUUACUGGGGACGUGGUAAUGUAGUUAAAGAGCUUAUUAAAAGAGGAGCAGACGUAAAUAUCAAAACAAAAGGCGAUGGUUGGGUACCUUUGCACGUAGCGGCUCAAAGAGGUCAUGCAGAGGUCGUGAAUAUGCUUCUACAAAAUGGCACAUACGUAGAUGUACGAAAUUUUGAUGACAGAACGCCGUUGUUUGAAGCUUCCUAUUGGGGGAAAGAAGCUGUUGUCAGAAUCUUGAUCGAAAAAGGAGCAAACGUAAAUAUAAAAACAAAAAAAGAUGGAUGGUCUUCUCUUCACAUAGCUGCAGCUCAAGGUCAUGCAGUCAUUGUCAAAAUAUUAUUAGAAAAAGGGGUAGCUGUAGAUAUAAAGAACAAUGAUGAUAGAACUCCGUUGUUUGAAGCUUCUUAUUGGGGGCGUGAAGCUGUAGUCAAAUUGUUGAUAAAUAAUGGAGCCAACCUGCACGCCAAAACAAAGGCUGACGGAUGGGAAGCUCUGCACACUGCUUCGGCACAAGGACACAUAGCUAUUGUAAACAUGUUUCUAAAUCUAGGUGCUGAUGUAAAUGUCAAAAACAACGAUGACCGAACUCCCUUGUUUGAAGCAUCAUACUGGGGGCGAACUGCAGUGGUGAAAACACUUCUUGAGAAAGGAGCUGAUAUAAACAUAAGAACUAAAGGAGAUGGUUGGUAUCCAUUGCAUGCCGCUGCACAAAGAGGCCAUGCAAAGAUUGUGAAUCUGCUAUCGGAUAGAGGCUCAGAUGUGAAUGCAAAGAAUUAUGACGACAGAACCCCAUUGUUUGAGGCAUCGUAUUGGGGACAUGCGGAAGUGGUUAAUGAACUUCUUAAAAAAGGAGCUGACAUAAAUGCCUUGACAAAAGGUAAUGGUUGGGUGCCCUUGCAUGCAGCGGCCCAGAGAGGACAUGCAGAGGUUGUGAAAAUACUCCUGGACAAAGGUACAAACGUAAAUGAAAAAGAUUUUGAUGACAGAACACCAUUAUUUGAAGCGUCGUACUGGGGUCAUGAAAAGGUCGUCAGAGUUUUGAUUGAAAGAGGAGCAAACGUAAAUAUCAAAACAAAAAAAGAUGGAUGGUAUGCUAUCCAUACAGCUGCCUCUCAAGGCCAUAGAGGUAUUGUUAGUAUGUUAUUGGAACAAGGAACAGCCGUAGAUGUUAAAAACAAUGAUGAUAGGACUCCAUUGUUCGAAGCAUCGUACUGGGGUCGGAUGGAAAUUGUUAAAGAUCUUAUUAACAAAGGAGCCGACGUAAAUGCCAAAACGAAAGCUGAUGGUUGGGUGUCUUUGCACACAGCGGCCCAAAGAGGACACUUAGAUAUCGUGAAGCUACUCCUCGAUAAUGGUUCAGACGUAAAUGCAAGAAAUUUCGAUGAUAGAACUCCGUUGUUUGAAGCAUCGUACUGGGGGCAUGAAGAAAUCGUCAGACUUUUGAUCGGAAGAGGAGCAAACGUAAACAUAAAAACUAAAAAUGAUGGAUGGUAUGCUAUUCAUACAGCUGCAUCACAAGGCCAUAGGAAUAUUGUGAAUAUAUUAUUAGAACAAGGAAUACCUGUAGAUAUUAAAAACAAUGAUUACAGAACUCCCUUAUAUGAGGCAUCGUACUGGGGUCGGGUGGAGAUCGUAAAGGACCUUAUUAACAAAGGAGCUGACGUUAAAGCCAGAACUAAAGCUGAUGGUUGGGUGUCACUACACGCAGCGGCUCAAAGAGGACAUGUUGAAAUCGCAAAGCUCCUUCUGGGCAAUGGUACGGAUGUAAAUGCAAGAAACUUUGAUGACAGAACUCCGUUGUUCGAGGCAUCAUACUUCGGGCAAGAAGCAGUCGUCAGAAUUUUGAUCGAAAGAGGCGCAAAUGUAAACAUAAAAUCCAAAAAUGAUGGAUGGUCUUCUCUUCACACAGCUGCAUCGCAAGGUCAUGUGGGUAUUGUUAAAAUAUUAUUAGAACAAGGGAUACCCGUUGAUGUUAAAAACAAUGACGACAGAACUCCAUUGUUUGAGGCAUCGUACUGGGGUCGAGUGGAAGUAGUUAAGUAUCUCAUUAACAAUGGAGCCAACGUAAAUGCCAAAACGAAAGCUGAUGGUUGGGUGCCUUUGCAUGUAGCGGCUCAAAGGGGACAUGUACAAAUUGUGAAGAUGCUAUUGGAUAAAGGUACGGACGUAAAUGCAAGAAAUUUUGAUGAUAGAACUCCGUUAUUUGAAGCAUCGUACUGGGGUCAAGAAGAAAUCGUCAAAAUUUUGAUUGGAAGAGGAGCAAACAUAAAUAUCCAAACUAAAGGUGCGGAGUGGUAUGCUAUCCACACAGCUGCAUCACAAGGCCAUAGAGGUAUUGUUAAAAUAUUACUAGACAAUGGGACACCAAUUAAUGCAAAAAACCGUGAAGGGAAAACUCCUUUGUUUGAAGCAUCUUAUUGGGGUCGCGAAGAAGUUGUCAAAUUAUUGCUCAAAAAUGGAGCAGAUAUACAUGCUAAGACAACUGGCGACUUGGAAGCCAUACACACUGCCUCUUCAAGGGGGCACGCUGGAGUUGUGGUAUUGUUAUUAGAUCAAGGAGCCGAUGUAAAUGUUAAAGACAUCGAUGACCGAACUCCAUUGUUCGAAGCAUCGUAUUGGGGGCACGAUGAAGUAGUAAGUCUUCUGAUUUCCAGGGGGGCGGAUGUUCUUGCGAGAACAAAAGGUUCCUCUUGGACUGCUUUACAUACUGCCUCUUCAAGGGGUAAUGUUGGGGUAGUUAAACAAUUACUUGCACUCAACAUUGAUGUGGAUGUCGAAAACAUAGAGAAUAAGACACCAUUGUUUGAAGCAGCCUAUUGGGGUCGUUAUGAUGUUUGCAAAGUUCUGUUAGACAAAGGCGCAGACCCCAAUGCUAAAACAACUGGAAAUCAGUCACCAAAGGAUGUAGCCAAAGCUCGAGGGCAUUUAGAAGUUUUAAAGUUACUAAAUGAGUAUGGUAAGUAAGAUAUUCAAACUAUACCCCUAAAUCAUCUCCAUUCUUACACUCUAUACCUGUGGAGGUUCCUAAACUGUGGUCCAUGAAACAAUUUUGACAGUAACUUAAAUCCUCUAAAUUUUCGCUUUAAUUAAAAUAACUCAUUUAUUUUUAAUACUUUUUUUGCCUAGAGUUGCAAUGGUGUCAACAAAUAAAAUGUUCAAGGGAACCUCUGACCUAACAGAUAUUUGUUACACCAAAGAUUUAAGAAUGUGUAUUUUGCCAGUGAUAAUUAUAUGUUAGCAGGGUCAAAUCUAUUUAUAUUUAACCUAUAUUGCCUGUUUAUUGUUUUUAAAUGUGAAAGAUAGUAUUAUUUGACUAUAAAAAUGUAUAUAUAUUCAAUACUUUUUUUUUAUUUCAAUAUUAGUUUAUAAAACAAUACAUAAUCAUGAAUUGUUAUUUUCAGUCAAGAAUUAAACAAAAAAAAAAUUAACUUUUGUAUCCAUAAUGAUGUAGAGAUGGUUGACCGUUGAUAUAAUAUGAGGAGUUAGUCGAGGGUGCGGUCAAAUAAAUAAAAAAAUUAAAAUAUAUAAAUUAUUUUAAUUUUUAAUCUUUUAUUUAAAAUAAUUUAUAUAUUUUAAUUUUUUUAUUUAUUUGACCGCACCCUCGACUAACUCCUUCUCAUAACUUUUGUAUCAGUUAAAUUAAGUUAAUAUAAAAAAAAUGUAUUUGCAAUGUGUUUUUCUUUAGCAAAUCAACAGAUUUUAAUUAUUUUAAAUAUUGUAAUUACUUUUUAGCAUGAUGAAUUGUAACUAGCAAAUUUGCAGAAAUUGAGCUUUUUACUAAUCAAGAAACCUGUAACUUCUAGUUUUAUUAUUCAUAACUUGUUUUCUUGCAUCCUGUUAUUUUUAUUUUAAAAUAGAAGUAUUCAACAUAUACUCAACCAGUUCUUCCACCAUCCUGUAGCAGUGCCUUAUUCAAACACUUAGGCAAAAUACUAAAUCUUUCUUCAGGAUUGGUUUCUAAUGAAUUUUGAUUCUUAAAAAUUUAUUAAGACCUUUAGAGAAAUUAACACUGUAUAUAUCCAACUAUGUACUUAAUACAUCAUAUAAGUAUGUACUACAUGUAAGUAACACUAUGUGUAGCAUAUCAUCUUUCUUCUGAAAUUUUCCACAUAUCAAUAUUCAUCAUGGUUCCUCUUUUAAGACAAUCUUAUCAUCCAUCACCUAUCCUUA